UUGCUUUACUAUUUUGACAAGCCAUAUUACAGCGCUACUUUGGAACCUGGUUGGAAGCUAAUCAAUCUGUUUGAACUUUUAUUCAAGAGACAUAAAUAAACCAGACCGGGAGAAGAAGUAGUUGGACGAAUUAGCCUACUAACCCAAAUCAAUAAUCUAACUGUAAACUGACAAAACAAGCUACGUCUACAUUUUCAUCUUUUUAAAUCCGAAAGGGUUUUUUCUUCUGGACAUGUGAAUCAAAGGAGUUAUUGAGAACCCCUGAAAAUGAAGCUACUAGCAUCGGUUCUUUGUUGCUUCGGCUUUCUGCUCACUUCUGCGAUGUUUCGGACAAGCUCUUCACAAGCAGUAUGCGCGGGCACAGAGAACAAGCUGAGUACUCUGUCGGACCUGGAGCAGCAGUACCGCACCUUGAGAAAGUACUACGAGAACUGUGAGGUUGUCAUGGGUAACCUGGAGAUCACCAGCAUCGACCGCUCCAGAGACCUCUCCUUCCUCAGGUCUAUCCGGGAGGUGACAGGCUAUGUGCUGGUGGCUCUGAACCAGUUUGACUACCUGCCGCUGGAGAACCUGAGGAUCAUCAGAGGAACUAAGAUGUAUGAAGACCGCUACGCUCUGGCAAUCUUCCUCAACUACCGCAGAGAUGGGAACUUUGGCCUGCGCCAACUGGGACUGAAGAACCUCACAGAGAUCCUACAAGGCGGUGUGUAUGUCGACCAGAAUAAGUUCCUGUGCCAUGCAGACACCAUCCACUGGCAAGAUAUCGUCAAGAACGCCCGCGUAAGCCCUCUGGUGGUGCCCACCAAUAGCAGUGUUUCAUGCCAGAAGUGUCACAAAUCCUGUAACGGUCGCUGUUGGGGCCCCAAGGAGGACCAGUGUCAAAGCUUGACUAAGACUGUGUGUGCUGAGCAGUGUGACGGUCGCUGUUUCGGACCCUGGGUUAGUAACUGCUGCCAUCGCGAGUGUGCAGGCGGAUGCUCCGGACCCAAGGAUACGGACUGCUUCGCGUGCACCAACUUCAACGACAGCGGGGCGUGUGUGACCCAGUGUCCCCAGCCCUUUGUGUACAACCCCACCACCUUCCAGCUGGAAAGCAACCCCAGAGCCAAGUACACCUAUGGUGCCUUCUGCGUCAAGAAGUGCCCUCAUAACUUUGUGGUGGACCACAGCUCCUGUGUGAGGGCUUGUCCCAGCAACAAGAUGGAGGUGGAGCAGAACCGCAUCAAGAUGUGCAUCGCCUGCACUGACAUCUGUCCUAAAGCCUGUGAUGGUAUAGGUACAGCCAGUCUGCAGUCUGCUCAGACCGUGGACUCCAGCAACAUAGACAAGUUCACCAACUGUACCAAGAUCAAUGGAAACCUGGUCUUCCUCAUCACUGGCAUUAAAGGGGAUGUGUACCACAACAUUAAAGCUUUGGAUCCAGAGAAGCUGAAUGUGUUCCGGACUGUUAGGGAGAUCACAGGUUUCCUGAACAUCCAGUCGUGGCCAGAGAACAUGACAGACCUGAGUGUCUUCUCCAAUCUGGCAACCAUAGGAGGCAGAGCUCUAUACAGUGGUAUCUCUCUCCUUGUGUUGAAGCAGCAGUGGAUCUCGUCCCUCCAGCUCCAGUCCCUGAAUGAGAUCAGUGCUGGUAAUGUGUACAUCACCAAUAACAGUCAGCUGUGCUACUACAACACCGUCAACUGGACCGGCCUGUUCAGAGCCAACAACCAGAAGGUCCUCAUACGCAACAACAGAGACCCUAAAGAGUGUACUACUGAGCAGAUGGUGUGUGACCCUCUGUGUUCGGACGCUGGCUGCUGGGGGCCAGGACCAGACCAGUGCCUGUCCUGUCGCUACUUUAUUAGGGGACGCAUCUGUGUGGACACCUGCAAUCUCUAUGAAGGGGAGGUGCGUGAGUAUGACAACGGCUCGGUGUGUGUGGAGUGUGAUGCCCAGUGUGAGAGAGCAGAUGGUGAAUCUCUGACCUGUCAUGGCCCGGGUCCGGAUCACUGUGUGAAGUGUCUCCACUUUAAAGAUGGUCCUAACUGUGUGGAGAAGUGUCCCGACGGCCUUCAAGGGGCCAACAGCUUCAUCUUUAAAUAUGCCGAGGCCAACAACGAGUGUCAUCCCUGUCACUCCAACUGCACUCAGGGGUGUAUUGGACCCAGACUGCAGGACUGUAUUGGCAUGAUGGACAGGACUCCCCUGAUUGCAGCCGGGGUGAUAGGUGGCCUCUUCGUGGUGGUCAUCGUGGCUCUGAGCGGAGCCGUGUCCGUCCGCAGGAAGAGCAUCAAGAAGAAGAGAGCCCUGCGACGCUUCCUCGAGACAGAGCUGGUGGAGCCACUAACACCUAGUGGUACAGCCCCUAACCAGGCCCAGCUCCGCAUCCUCAAAGAGACUGAACUCAAGAGGGUCAAGAUACUGGGCUCGGGGGCCUUCGGCACCGUCUACAAGGGUAUCUGGGUCCCAGAGGGCGAGACUGUGAAGAUCCCAGUGGCCAUCAAGAUCCUGAACGAGGCAACGGGACCGAAGGCCAACGUGGAGUUCAUGGACGAGGCUCUGAUCAUGGCCAGCAUGGAACACCCUCACCUGGUCCGUCUCCUGGGGGUCUGCCUGAGCCCCACCAUCCAGCUGGUCACCCAGCUCAUGCCCCAUGGCUGCCUGCUCGAUUACGUCCACGAACACAAGGACAACAUCGGCUCCCAGCUGCUGCUCAACUGGUGUGUCCAGAUUGCCAAGGGUAUGAUGUACCUGGAGGAGAGGAGACUGGUGCACAGAGACCUAGCAGCCCGUAAUGUGCUGGUCAAGUCCCCCAACCACAUCAAGAUCACUGACUUUGGUCUGGCUCGGCUGCUGGACAUCAAUGAGAAGGAGUACAAUGCUGACGGGGGCAAGAUGCCAAUCAAGUGGAUGGCCUUGGAGUGUAUUCACUACAGGAAGUUUACCCACCAGAGUGACGUGUGGAGCUAUGGGGUGACAAUUUGGGAACUGAUGAUGUUCGGGGGGAAGCCCUAUGAUGGCAUUCCGACCCGGGACAUCCCAGACCUGUUGGAGAAGGGAGAGCGUCUUCCCCAACCUCCCAUCUGCACCAUAGAUGUAUACAUGGUCAUGGUCAAAUGUUGGAUGAUAGACGCAGACAGCAGGCCCAAGUUCAAGGAGCUGGCUGCAGAGUUCUGUAGGAUGGCCCGGGACCCCCAGCGUUACCUGGUCAUCCAGGGCGAUGACCGUAUGAAGCUGCCCAGCCCCAACGACAGUACAUUCUUCCAGAGCCUGCUGGAUGAGGAGGAGCUGGAGGAUCUGAUGGAUGCUGAGAAGUACCUGGUCCCUCACGCCUUUAAUAUCCCACCACUGGCAUACACACCCAGGACACACGUUGAUUCCAACAGGAACCAGUUUGUGUACCAAGACCCUAGUUUCGAUAUGGAGGACAUGUUGGGGACCAUCCCGCGGGUGCUGUCCCUGUCCCCAGGGGACCAGUCUGCAGGGGGGCAGGGCGGUAGCGGCCCGGAGCACCAACGCUUCGAGGACCAGCGCUGUAACGGCACACUGAGGAAGCAGGCAACUCCCCGGCCAGCGGGACCUCCUGGUUCAGACGGAGCACCAGCCUCAGGUGCAGUGGAGAGCAGCAGUGGACAGCGCUACAGUGCAGACCCAACCAUCAUGCUGGGGGAGAGAGGAGCUAGAGGAGACACCGACCAGGAUGGAUACCUGACCGCCAUGAGGGAGAAGGCCACCUCAGACUAUCUCAACCCUGUGGAGGAGAACCCAUUCGUGACUCGUCUGAGGAAUGGAGCUGCCCUAACCCUGGACAGCUGUAACCCCUAUCAGGUGGCACCCAGCGGCCCCCAACAGGCAGGCUCUGGCCCCAGAGUGGAGGACGAAUACGUCAACGAGCCCCUCUACCUCAACACCUUCCACAACCCCGGAGUUGGAGACUACAGUGACUACACCCUGAAGAAGAAUGGGUUCACUGGGGGACACAACCCUGCCCUCGCCACCCUGGUAAGCCAACCAGGCGCCACUGGCCUCACCGCUGGUCAAUCAGGCACCGCCCAGGCAGGAAACACUGGUCACAGCGUCCAGGCAGCCCACGCCCAUGGAGUCUCUGCACAACCAGGAUACUCUGUUCCUCCAGGCCUCGGUACAGCCGGCACCCACCCAGCCCACCCCUCCCACCUAGCCCACCCCGGGUAUACCCUUCACCCCGGCCUCACAGGCACCAUCAUGUUGGACAAGAAGAAUAGACAAGACAAGAACAAGACUUUUGACAAUCCAGAGUACUGGCAGCAUAGCCUCCCUCCCAAGGCCACCCUGCACAACCCUGAGUACUUGCAGGACUGCAGCACACGCUUCUUCUACCGGCAGAACGGCCGCAUCCGGCCCGCCGUGGCCGAGAACCAGGAGUACCUGACAGAGUUCGCCCUGAAACCUGGGACCGUGCUGCCGCCCCCACCCUACAGACAGAGGAACACUGUGGUGUAACGGGGAGGAGGAUGAGGAGGAAAGAGGGUCUGGGCCAGGAAAGGUGGAAGACAAGGGGAGGAGGAGGGGAGGAUGGGAAGUCCCUCUCUCACUCAGCCACACAAUAUUUACGUAUCAAUCCUGGUUCCCUUCACCAGCACUGGACUGACACAUCUGAACUGACACUGGAUUACAGUAACAUUACAGUAAUAUUAUAUUAUAAGACAUAGUGCUGAGAGCCUCCCACCUUCUACGAACCCAGGACUGAUGUUCUCCUCUCUGUCUGUCUAUGUCCUCUACACUGGAUUACAGUAACAUUACACAGAAGUACUACAGUAAUGUUACAGUAAUAUACACUGAAAGUUUUCACAGAUUCACCUGUAACCGAAUACCCGAGACCCGAUCCGAGACCCGAGAGGGGUCGGAUCCAGAAUUCUAAAUAAUGUCACGGGUCUGAGUCAGAUUUGAUAUGAUUGUCACGAGUCUCGGGUAUGUGUAAUUGUAACUAACUUGUCCGGAAGAACCUGUAAAGAUCCAAACGCGACUGCUGCAGAAGAGAGGGAGAGAGAGAAAUUGCGUAAUUUAUGCUGCUACUCUUGCUUUUCACGAGAGUGGUGCGUGUAGCUUGUUGUUGUUGUUGGCCAAUCAUAGGUCAUCAAAGAGGCAGUAGGCUACAGUCAUAGAGUCUCCGUGUGGGGCAAAAGUUAGGAGAUAGCUAAUCAAUGGAAGAUGGAAUUAAAAUUACAGAAUUAAAAUUUCAAGGAGAAGGAUAGGCUACAACGACCAAGAGACAAUAGGUAGGCUGCUACUUUAUAUUCUAAAAGGAGUUGUUUGUAACUGUGUAAGACGAGAAAGUGCAUGCAGCCUCAAUUAGCCUAGCUAACUAGCUAGCUUAAGUAGCUGCUCUUGGUUGGAUGCACUCAAGACAGGUACUACGUAAUCAUAUUCAAUGAUAAAUAACCUAGCUUUGGCAGCUAUUAGUCUACGAUAGCGAGAGUUGGCUUGGUUGGUUGCCAUCUUUCGUCUCUCCCUCCGUGCUCCCUGUGUCACUUGCUCACAUUCACAGUAGCCUACACAUACAGCACGGCCCCUGCUAGAGCAUCACCUCUCUCUAUCUUCUCUCCCUUGCGCUUUAUCAGCUCCGUUAAUAAAGUAGCUUAAAAAUGUACUUUUCUGCUGCUUCCCUCACCCGGAUUGGAUCAGACCAGGUCUGGAACCUAGUUGUCCUCAGGUCCAUUUGGAAUGGGUCUCUAUAUUGAAAAAUAUAUAUUUAUGCAUAUUAGGUCCGGGUGGGAAAGCCCAGGUCCAUUUCGGAAUGUGUCCAACUUUUUGAACACGUCAAUACAUUUAAUAUAAACUACUGAGAGCCUCCCCCCACCCAAUAACCCAGGACUGGUUUGAUAAUUGACAGCCUCCCCGGUCACUCUCAGCCCCAUUCUUAACUCCUCCUAUACCUCACCCAUUACUCACCCUCAGCCCCGCCCCUUCAGUGUUGAUUACAACAACAACAGAAGGCUAAGUGAAAAGUUACAUGUAAUGACAAACAGUGUCGGUCUCUGUAGAUGUGAACAGACAGGACAGGCCAAGGAACAAGGAACUUGAAGCACUUACACUUACAGUAUAUUGUUUGCUCAUGAUCUCUAAUAUAUUAUUUUAUUACUAAUACGAUUUGUGUAAGAACCAUGCAGUGAUUCACAAUCAAUACACUACACUGAAAGUCUUGGAGCAGCACAUUUUUCCAACUGGGUUAAAUGCAUAUUGUAGCAAUCCACCAUCCACACAUACAGUAAUGUCAUAGAUAGCCGUUGGUGUGCAGUAUAUCAGGUUCAUAUAAGAGAACACGCAUACAUCUGUGUAUACACUGCUGUUCCGUGACUGUCUCUCAAGCCCCAGCCACGCCAUACAUCUGUCACAUAAUGUGGAGGAUGCAUUCCUGUCAGCUGACUGGCGGGCUGGCUGGCUCUGUGCGGCGUCUUUGAUGUUGACAUGGUUCGAACCCCUCUGAAUAUGCAGUAGAAUUCGUACAUUUAUUAUACAGCUCCGCUCAUAUCAGCUAUAACAUGUUGUAUUUCGCGAAGAAGGAAGACGUGCGCCCCAACCUUGAAACAUCAAUAACCCUGUUCUAAUUCUAUAUGCGUACGAUAUAGACAUGCAUGCACACAAAAAUACACAAAUACACACAUAUACACAUACACACAGAGAAAGAGAUAACAUUAGCGCCGUGUGCAUUACGUUUUUGGACCAGGACCUCCAUUGCCCUUGGAUUCUAAAGCAGUGGAGAUAACAGAAGCAAAGGCAGGGCAGCGGGAUGAGAGGACAAAGCCAUUCAGCAAGUAAAUGCCACAAUGUCAUAUGUAUGCGAAGCUUGAAGGGCCUAUGCUGAACAUAGUGAAAUACAGCAAGAAGAAAGUGCCACAGGAUUUAAGAGGGAAUAGGCUUAUCUGUAAGGAGAGGAUCGCCACCACCCAGCCAUGGUGUUCCUUCUAACCCACAUGACUUCUGAGGCAGACAAAUGACAAACCCCCGAAUCGAUGCAGUCAUAGAAUAUAAAUAGGAAUCUGCUAUAUGUUGCAAUAUCUGUUUUUUUACAGACAAACCCUGGCAGAGUCUGUCUGUUUGCUUCCCUAUCAGAGCUGGUAAACAAAAACCUCAGGAGAGGACUGAUAAGAUGGGGACUGUACUCUGAACUAGACACAGCCAGCCAGCCAGCCAGCCAGCCAGCCAGCCAGCCAGCCAGACAGACAGACAGCCAGACAGAC